AUCCUAUCUUUGCUUCACACAGUCGCCCCACAAUCACCUCACGGUGGUCUCCGCCUCCUCCUCCGCCUCAUACAGCGGCCCCACAGAGCCGGGCGCGGCCUCCUUCACACAGUCUCGCCAUCACCUCACACACGACACAGCGCCGUCUUGUCUCCUCACCGCGCCGGGCGCCGCCGCCUCACAUCCUCACCCCCGCUCCCGCUCCGGCGGCGACCACACGCCCGUCUCCUCGGGGCCGGCAUCGGCCUCGACCUCGGCCUCGGCGCACGCAGCUAAUUAAGCAGUCAUGUCAGCUAAGGCCAUAUCUGAGUUGACCGGUAAAGAAUUCCUUUACAAGUUCAUUUCCACAAAAGCGACGGUCCAGAACAAGUUCAAAAAUGCUACAGUGCGACCUGAGACUGACUGGGGGCUCCUCGUCCAACAGCAUCCUUGGCUCCAGACUGAGCGUCUAGUGGUGAAGCCAGACCAGCUGAUCAAGCGUCGUGGUAAAUUGGGCCUGAUUGGGGUUAAUCUCAAUUUGGCUGAAGUGAAGGAAUGGUUAAAGCCACGGAUGGAACAAGAGACGAUGGUUGGACGUGCAAAGGGCAACCUCAAAAACUUUCUGAUUGAGCCAUUUGUACCUCACAAGCAGGAGGACGAAUUCUACGUGUGCAUCUAUGCAGCACGGGAAGGUGACUUUGUGCUUUUCCAUCAUGAGGGUGGAGUAGAUGUUGGUGACGUUGAUUCUAAAGCCUGCAAGCUGCUCGUAGAAGUUGAUGGAAAAUUGAGUGAGCAGGAUGUCUGUGACCACUUGUUGCUCCAUGUGCCUGCAAACAGAAAAAGUGUUCUGGCAUCUUUUAUUGUUGGACUGUUCAGACUGUUCGAGGAUCUCUUCUUUACCUACCUGGAGAUUAAUCCCUUGGUUGUAACAGAUGCUGGAGUGUUUGUUUUGGAUAUGGCAGCAAAGAUAGACUCCACAGCUGACUACAUCUGCAAAGGUAAAUGGGGCGAUGUGGAUUUCCCACCACCAUUUGGCAGAGAAGCUUAUCCUGAGGCAACUUAUAUUGCUGAUCUUGAUGCAAAGAGUGGAGCCAGUUUGAAGUUGACCAUCCUCAACCCCAAGGGCAGGAUCUGGACAAUGGUGGCUGGAGGAGGUGCUUCAGUUGUCUACAGUGACACAAUCUGUGACCUUGGUGGGGUGAAUGAACUGGCUAAUUAUGGUGAAUACUCUGGUGCCCCGAGUGAACAACAGACCUAUGACUACGCCAAGACCAUUCUCUCUCUAAUGACUAGACAGCAGCAUCCAGAAGGAAAGAUCCUCAUAAUUGGAGGCAGCAUUGCUAACUUCACAAAUGUAGCAGCAACAUUUAAGGGCAUUGUUCGUGCAAUCAACGAUUACCAGACCCCUCUGCAGAAUCAUAACGUCUCGAUUUUUGUCAGAAGAGGUGGGCCCAAUUACCAAGAAGGACUCCGCGUCAUGGGUGAAGUUGGAAAGACAACUGGAAUUCCAAUCUAUGUAUUUGGCACUGAAACGCACAUGACUGCGAUUGUGGGAAUGGCACUUGGCCAGCGGAGCAUACCUGACCAGCCCCCUAUGGCUGCCCACACGGCCAAUUUCCUGCUAAACGCCAGUGGCAGUCCCUCGACUCCAGCCACGAGCAGAACUGCUUCUUUCUCGGAAUCAAAACCCGAGGAUGCAUGUAGAACAUCGAUGCCUAUGAAGUGUAACGUCCCAUGUGAAGGAAAGACAAAGCAAGAAAAGAAAAGAGGUAAAGCCACCACUCUGUUCAGUCGCCACACCAAGUCCAUUAUUUGGGGAAUGCAGACCAGAGCUGUGCAAGGAAUGCUGGACUUCGACUAUGUCUGUUCACGGGAUGAACCAUCCAUUUCCGCCAUGGUUUACCCAUUCACGGGUGACCACAAGCAGAAGUUCUAUUGGGGUCACAAGGAAAUCCUCAUCCCUGUGUACAAGAACAUGGCGGAUGCCCUGAAGAAGCACCCAGAAGUGGAUGUUCUCAUUAACUUUGCCUCCUUGCGUUCAGCAUAUGACAGCACCGUGGAAACCAUGAGCUUCCCCCAGAUCCGGACAAUUGCCAUCAUCGCCGAGGGUAUCCCUGAAGCAUUGACAAGGCGAUUAAUCAAGAUGGCAGAUGAGGGAGGUGUCACCAUCAUUGGACCAGCUACGGUGGGUGGCAUUAAGCCAGGCUGCUAUAAGAUUGGCAACACCGGGGGAAUGCUGGAUAAUAUCCUGGCCUCCAAGCUGUACCGUCCCGGCAGUGUGGCAUAUGUGUCUCGCUCGGGUGGAAUGUCAAAUGAGCUGAACAACAUCAUCACCAGAACCACCGACGGUGUCUAUGAAGGAGUUGCCAUUGGCGGUGAUCGGUACCCAGGAUCCACAUUCAUGGACCACGUCUUGCGUUACCAAGACACACCUGGAGUCAAAAUGAUUGUUGUUCUUGGUGAGAUUGGUGGAUGUGAAGAGUACAAGAUCUGUACAGGAAUUAAAGAAGGGCAGAUUACAAAACCUGUUGUUGUUUGGUGCAUUGGCACAUGUGCUACGAUGUUUUCCUCCGAGGUACAAUUUGGUCACGCUGGUGCCUGCGCUAAUGAGAACUCUGAAACAGCAGUGGCAAAGAACCAGGCUCUGAGUGAGGUUGGCGCCAUUGUACCAAAUAACUUCGAUGAACUGGGUGAGGUCAUCAAGGCUGUUUAUGAUGACCUUGUUGUUAAGGGUGUGAUCGUACCUGCACAAGAGGUUCCUCCUCCUACUGUACCCAUGGAUUACUCCUGGGCAAGGGAGUUGGGUUUGAUUCGUAAACCAGCUUCCUUCAUGACCAGCAUUUGCGAUGAGAGAGGCCAGGAACUGAUCUAUGCAGGAAUGCCCAUCACUGAAAUCUUCAAGGAGGACAUGGGCCUCGGAGGUGUCCUGGGUUUGCUCUGGUUCCAAAGAAGGUUGCCUAAACCAGCCUGUCACUUCAUUGAGAUGUGCCUGAUGGUGACUGCUGACCAUGGACCUGCCGUCUCUGGAGCCCACAAUGCUAUAGUGUGUGCCCGAGCAGGGAAAGACCUGAUCUCCAGCCUCACGUCUGGUCUCCUUACUAUUGGUGACCGGUUUGGAGGAGCGCUGGAUGCAGCCGCCAAGCAGUUCAGCAAAGCCUUCGACAGCAGUCUCAUCGCGAUGGACUUUGUCAAUAAGAUGAAAAAAGAAGGAAAGCUGAUCAUGGGGAUUGGGCACCGGGUGAAGUCGAUUAAUAAUCCAGACAUGAGAGUGGAAAUACUGAAGGAUUUUGUGAAGCAGAAUUUCCCAGCUACUCCUCUCCUCGACUACGCACUGGAAGUGGAGAAGAUUACUACCUCCAAGAAACCAAAUCUUAUCCUGAACGUUGAUGGUUUUAUUGGUGUUGCUAUGGUGGAUUUAUUAAGGAACUGUGGUGCAUUUACCAGGGAAGAAGCAGAUGAGUAUGUGGAGAUCGGUGCUCUGAAUGGAAUCUUUGUUCUAGGACGUAGUAUGGGCUUUAUUGGACACUAUCUGGAUCAGAAGCGUUUGAAGCAAGGACUCUACCGACACCCAUGGGAUGAUAUCUCGUAUGUUUUACCGGAGCACAUGACCAUGUGAACAUUGGGAUAUCCAGGAAGGGGUCUUGAUGCAUAAACAUCACCCCAGUCCCACUCAGACCGCCCCCAAAAAGUGUAUUUUACAUUGCUUUUCUUUGCACUGAUAUUCUUAGUUGGGGAGGGGAAUAGGAGAGGAGCAGAAAGGAGGGGAAGGGGGUCUUUUGCAUCUCGAUAAAUUGUACAAAAGGUACGCUUCACAAACGGUUGGUGCAGCUCUUUUUAAAAACUGUGUACACAUGCUGCUGUUGCAUCCAUUAAGAAACAAGUGGACCUGGUGUCAGACUGGGUGUGAGUGUAUGCGAAGUGCACAACAUUUGGGAAUCUAAUGUAGUGUAUAAACUAAGCAAAGAAUCAGUGUCGCCAAGAGUCCUCAUCUACAAUGCCAUUGUAUACCACAGCAGAACCCAAAUAGAAUUGUUCUUUAACUUAUUUUCAUGAAAGUAUCCUGAAGGAUUUGUCAUAUUGAUAUCAAUAUUUAACGGUACUAGGCCGAACCUCUUCGGACCAAAUGGGAUGGUUUUCACAGGCUAUUAACUGGGGAUGAACAGGGUGUGGAUUGCCCAACUGAGCUAACUGUACAAGUUGCCAGAAGUAGGAGUGACCAAACUGUAACUUGAGCCAUAUGUAACUUGCAUACCCUGGACAUCUACUGUAACUGGGAGUGUAAUUGGGCAUUGGUACCUUUUUGUGUAUUUUAUUUGCUAACCCAUAGAUUAAGAGGGCAUUCCUUGAUGUUACUUCACCUUGGCUAAAUUGCUUCAUGAGAUGUUGGUGUCAGCAACUUCAUGUUUACAUGUUACUAGAAUUUAAAUUGAAUAACCUACACACGUUGGUUGCUCGUAACCAAUGAAUAUUUGACAUGUUUACAGGAUAAUCCCUUUUGUUGUUUUGAUGCUGGUGUGAAAACAUUUAAUUUUUGUGCAACUCCAAUGUCUCCAUUGAAGUAGUGGACAGUGCAAUGUUGUGCGUGUUUGUCUGCUGAUAAUGCUGCCCGUGGUUUUGCAUGUAGCUCGAGUGGCCACCAAAGACCAGUUGUAGUGCUCGCUGGGCCAAUGUAAUGAGUUCAGCCAGAGUGACGACCACUUCUCUCUGGGGUCUGCUGUACAACUUCAAUGUCAUUUCAUCCGAAAACUUUGCUGCACGUAAAAUUCCACAUACUGUAGUAACUGUGCUAAUGUGAGAUCAUUUAAGGAACCAGAUGUAUUGAACCUGUCUGCUCUGUGAUUUAUGAAUUGCCAGACUUGUAAUUUUAAAAUUGGGAGAUUGGGAAUGAAAUGAUUCCUGUUAAAGAACAGCAGGGAAGGAAUGGUCCUUAAUCAAUUAAAGGUGUCUGUCUUCAAAGGUAAACCUAUACUGUUGUCAAGCACUGUCUGACUGUUUUCUGCAACCCCAAGGAUACCAUGCCUCAACAUAUAACCCCAAAGUGUAUCUGUAUCUUAGUAUAAAUUAAACUGUGUAACUUAUUGGGUU